GAUGAUUGUCUGAUUUGCAGAAACCAACGUCGCGUUACCAACCAAACCCAAACCAACACACCCAAACCGCCUUCUAAUUUUAUCGACUUCUUAUGUUGUCCGUGAACCCUAACCCUGCUCAUCAGUUUUACUUCUUCGAUCCUAUGAACCUGGGCCUUCCUGGUCUCACUCCUCCAUCGCCUUCCAAUUUGCCACCUACUCCUGCUACUGCCACGUUCACUAUCGUCGGAAGUACCAGCUCCUCUAUUGAUGACCUGAGUAAGAGGAUCCGGAAGUCGUAUACCAUUACUAAAUCUAGAGAGAACUAGACUGACAUGGAGCACGACAAGUUUUUAGAAGCUUUGCAGCUGUGAGUAUUUUUUGUUUCUUUCAUUAAAUUCAGCUUCUUUUGGCUCACGACAAUGGUAAUUGAAGGACUUUUCUUUGCUAUAAUGAAUUUGAAGUGAAUUA